GUCAAGUGGCAGAAGGACGACAUGGACCAUAACAUGAACUUUUUCUCUGUCUCUUCGGACGGGCGCAUCGUCUCCUGGACUCUGGUGAAGAACGAGCUGGUUCAUACCGAUGUCAUCAAGCUGCUGGUCGAAGGAUCGACAAUGGAAGGGCCGGAGGGGCUGCAGAUACAGACCAUCGGCUGCGGGACUUCAUUUGACUUUCACAAGAAGAUCGAUUAUUUAUUCCUGGUGGGGACUGAGGAAGGCAAAAUCUACAAGUGCUCCAAGUCCUACUCCAGCCAGUUCUUGGACAUCUUUAACGCCCACCACAUGGCAGUGGACGCCGUCAACUGGAAUCCUUACCACAGCAAGGUCUUCAUUUCCUGCAGCUCAGACUGGACGGUGAAGAUCUGGGACCACACCAUCAAGACUCCCAUGUUCAUCUACGACCUGAACUCGGCUGUCGGCGACGUCGCUUGGGCUCCUUAUUCCUCUACGGUCUUUGCCGCUGUAACCACCGAUGGGAAG